AUCGCUUUUUUCUUAGUAUUUAUUUUUUCCAAUCUAAUAAUUGAUUUUUAUUUCUUUCCCCAUCGCCAAAAAGAAAAAAAGUUUUCUUUCUAUAAUAAUUGCCGGUUGUCUUCCUCACCUUCUUCCUCCCUUCUUUCCUCUCUUUCUCUUCUCUUCUCUCCAGAUUCCCCCCGGAGAAGAGAUCGCCCAACCAUGUACGACUUCACAUCGGCCACCGAGUCGGGCCCUGCCACUGUCCGCGUUGGUCUUCCGCCUGCCUCGCUGUUGAGCUUCCCUCCAAGCGAAAACCAUGCGAUUCUUCCUGCACCCCAGGCCACCGAAUGGACCUGGCAGCAGCCCUUCAACAUCCCCGACUCCCUCUAUACUCAGAUGCUCGACAUUCGCGUCCCCAUCACCAUUGCCGGAACCUAUGCCGUGACCGUCGUCCUCAUCAAUCGCAUCAACAAGAGCCGCGGAUACAAGCCCUACGCUUUCAGCAACACACGCCUCUUCAAGCUCUUCGUCAUCCUCCACAAUGUCUUCCUCGCGAUCUAUUCUAUGUGGACUUUCGCUGGAAUGUUUCAGGCAUUCCGCAAUUCUAUGCCUGGGUGGAAUAACCAGAACGGCCUUGUCGGCAUCACGGAUUCCCUGUGCAAGGCCAAUGGCCCCCGUGGCUAUGGUAAUGCCGCUACCUACAACUCCGUGACCGAUCAAUGGAGCAUCGCGAACCCUGAGAUGAAGCUUGGUGAGGGAGGUCUUCCGGAUCCCAGCGAUGUUGGUCGUCUGUGGAACCAGGGAUUGGGCUUUUUGGGCUGGAUCUUCUACCUAUCCAAGUUUUACGAGGUGUUGGACACCGCGAUCAUCUUGGCCAAGGGUAAGAAGAGCUCGACUUUGCAGACCUACCACCACGCCGGUGCUAUGAUGUGCAUGUGGGCUGGUAUCCGCUAUAUGGCCCCGCCGAUUUGGAUCUUCACUCUCGUUAACUCGGGUAUUCAUGCUCUGAUGUACACUUACUACACUCUGACUGCCCUUCGCAUCCGUGUCCCUCAAGCCAUAAAGCAGUCCUUGACUACCAUGCAGAUCACCCAGUUCGUUUUUGGAACCGCUAUGGCCGCCUCGUACUUGUUUGUUAGCUACACCCUGCCUUAUGCCCCGGCUUCGAGGGAAGCCGCCAGUGUUCCUGCUACUGCUGGUUCUUCUGGUCCGGCCCCGUGGUUGAAGAAGUUUGCUUUCCGUGCUGCGGGAGCUGAGGGUGUCGCCGAGAAUGUGGGCGCUGGCCAGAAGCCAUUGGGUGCUAUCCAGGCCAAUGACUCCAACAUGGUGACUUGCCUCGACACAACUGGUCAAGCCUUUGCUGUUUGGCUGAAUGUCAUGUACCUCCUGCCCUUGACAUUCCUUUUCGUCCGUUUCUUUAUCCGUUCGUACUUGUACCGCAAGGCACCAAGCACUCAGCACCCCACCCAGUUGCACCCCGCUGAGAAGGCCGGUCUGGAUGCCCUGAAGGGUGUCAGCCGUGAGAUCCAGAAGGCUGCUCUGGAACAGAAUGGUGAACUCACCGACGACGAAGCCGUGGCAAAGGCUCAGGCUCAAGCCAAGAAGCCCCAGCAGAGCAACGUCAACUCCCCCAUCAAGACGCGCUCUUCGACCCAGAAGAAGUCCGCUGCCAAUGGCAAUCAGUCAGAGCAGGGCUUCUCGCCUGUGAAGAAGGGCUCUAAGAAGUCCAGUGCUCCUGACAUCAAGGGCAACAACCCCUAUGAUGUUUUGAGUGACAAGGCUUAAAGCUAUCCAUCGUGACUAAAUACCACAUUUGUUUGAGACAUGAUAAAAUGCCCGGUUGAUCCACCGUUGGGACUCUCGAUUAUUAUUAUGGUUUAAUCACGGAUUAUUCCAACCGCUUCCUACAAGGGACUGCGCUCCAGGCUUACAGAGGAGCUCUGAACCGAACGGCAACGGAAGGCCGGGGCUUCCAGGUCUAAUCACGAAUACACGAUUCAAUAAGACUGAUGGAUUGAUAAUGGAAUUGCCAAUGCGUGGGCUGUUCUUCUCUAAUGUUUUGACUGGGGGUUUAGAGUUCUGUUCUUGAGAUAUUCUUUCUGUAAAUACACGUUUUAUCUGCCACUGGAUCUGGAUCCAGGCGUCAGUGCUUAGCAAGACUUGGACUGGUGUUAUCAUACAUAAUAAAAGAUUAAUACCCAACUUCCAUCUACAUAC